GGUGUGGCUUCAUAAUGUAUGCAUUAAUUUAUUUACUUUGAAAAAAAGCGUCGUAGAAUAUAAUGCGAAUUGCCUUUCUAACUGAAACUACAGCCAACAGUAGUGUCACGAAUCUCUGAUCACGACACGAUGAGCUAUGGCAGAUGCUAAACUACUUUGGAAAAACCCGAACCGCAUUAUUUAAUGUCAGGAAACCCCACUUAUUUCAGGUGUUAAAUAUCACUAAAAUCAGCGGAUUUUUUUUGUUCAGUAAUAACUUGCUAUUACACAUAUUUCCAGUAAGCCUGGUCUCUGUAAAAUUAGCCCAUUGAACUUGGGCUCGCCAGGGCAAAAAAUCCAACGCAACAGAGUACAGGAAACGUUUACAGUGCUGUGCGUCGCUACUUUGCAUACAGUAGCCUAUUGCGCCUGUAGCCUACUGCACCUGCUAACACGCACGUGCCUCAUUUGUCACGUUGUCUCUCUAACUUUCGAUUUGCACGCGUCUGUAGAACUGAAGAAGCCUUCGAAUUAUUAUUCAUCUGGGAUUUAAAAAAUUAAUAAAUAAAUAACGUAGGGCCAAACAAAGUAUUCAUAGCAUCGUUUUUUUUUACUGGCUAUGUAAAGAGACUGUGAUGCUUCUGGGGCUAACGCCUUCUUGACAGAGACUGCAAGUAAUCAACGCCGAACGGUGGAAAUUGGGAAGAGUUGUACCGGCUACAGGAGGAAAAUUCAGGUUCGGUGACGUGUUUUCUCUACCGAGUCUCCCAGGGAUCCGUGCUUUGCAUCGCUCGCCAAUUUGCAUUUCUCCCCACAUCAGCUUUUCCGUGCGACUUUCCAAACGUCCGAACCAGCGCAUACCUACGCAACUGUAUGCCUCCCGAUCAUAAACGUUGUUUCUCACCGAAACGAUAGAAAACUUUGAAUGAUGUGACUUUGGUCAGCGUGAACACCUUGCGUUUCACUUCUCGGGCAUCCACUACGAUACGUGUGAGCGGAAAGGGUAACCAGAAACGAUAGCGUGUCAGCGUCGCAGUUUGCCGAUUGCUGUUUUCAUAUUUUUCAUCGCGUGUUCCCUUUUGAUUUUGUAUCGACCGCUGUCGAUUGUUGUCUGGUGGGGGAGACAUCAUGUCGGAAGUGUUGCCUUACAAUGAGGAGAAAAUUACUCACUACGGCGACGAUGGAGACGUGGGGCAAAUUUCCUUCACCUGUCGCCUGCAGGAUACCAAUAACUUCUUCAGUGGUUCUCAAAACAAAAGACCCCCGAAACUUGGACAGAUUGGGAGAAGCAAACGAGUUGUCAUUGAAGACGACAGAAUCGACGACGUGUUGAAAAAUGGAACAGAAAAAACAACCACAGGUGUUUAAACCACCGAGUGACAUUGUGUAAGAAGCAGGGUGUCCCCUCAUUAAUCAGAAAGCACUUUGAAACUCCCAACUUAGCCUAUUAGGCUGCAGUCCACGAUGCAGUCGGCGAACGGCAUCCCAGUGCGGACGAGCGAACGGGAAAAAAAGCCGAAUGAACCGUGGCGAGUGCCGGGCAUUUUCUUUUUCGCGGCUUGUAAUGAAAACCUGUCGGUGAUGUAAUGUCGUAUAAUAUGUAUAUUGUAUGACUUUAGGUCACCGUAUUUUGCAGGCAGCAACGGAGUUGUUCCCCGGUGUAGGUGAACUCACAAUGGCCAGGUUGGUGAGGGCGGAGCCGGAAAAAUAAUAUACGUCUAAGCACACUAUAUAAUCUUCAACCCUUUGUAUUUUUACAUUAAUAUUUUAUUUUUUAUUUUUGCUGUACCUGGCCUAGGCUGAACCUUUGUUUACUAUUCCCCUCCUGCAAAGUAAUUAUUAUUUUUGCGCAGAAUGGCGGUAAAAUGCUGUUUUGAUUGUUGUUCAUCUGUACAAAUACAUAAUUUAUCAACUCUUUGGGUACAUUUUUGCAGUGUUGAAAGAAUGAACAACAUGUUUUAUACGGAUUGACAAAACGAAGGUGAUAUUUUUUAAUUCAGAAUUUUUGAUGUUGCUCUACUGAUCUUCUUGUCAUUGCUAAAAUGGCCUGCUUAUUGUCCAUUUUUAUAUACUACAUAGCCAUUUCUACAAUAACUAGCCUAAGUCUCAUAUAGUUAAAUGUGUUAAAGGUGAUGGUCAUUAUACUUUAUAGUUAAAGUUGAUGAUCGUUACACUUUUUGUUAAAGGUAAUGGUCAUUACACUAUAGAUUAAAUCUAAGUAUAUUGUAUUGUACAUAAUCACAACUGUGCCAAAUAUACCUUGAAAGAUGCCAGCCAACCUGUUAUUUUGUGCUCUAAAUGUAAAGUUUUGCUAUUUUGGCUGCCAUGUUUAUGUUACAGAGUUCUAAAUGGUGAAAUGCUCUUGCAUGAAAUGGGGUAAUGCCUUUGUGGCAAAAAAAAAAAAAAAAAAAAACUUGCAUACUAUCAAACAUCUUGUUUGUAACUUUGAAUGACAGACCUCACAAACUUUCUUAACUGAAUAUUGUAUAUGUUGCACCUCUUAUCCACUGAACAGGGCUAUUUCUGCAAUCUAUAAUAAAUGAAAAAGUGAAAUGAAACUAAAUGGAUAAACUGUG